AUGCGCCGCAAGUGGGAAAUAUACUUCUUAUUCAACUUCUUCCUUAUUUUAUGUGGUUCGUACUAAAAAAUAUACUUUAAAAAGUAGAAAAAAAAACAUAUUAACAUGACUGAAAAAAAAUGUUUGGUCGUGUUUUCCGAAAUUUCAAGGUUCUAGAAACUAUUUCAAAGGUAAUCUGUUUGUAGACGGGCAAGGCUACUCGAGCAAAUGUACGGAAGGGACAUAUGAUGUGAAAAGUAUGUUAUUUUUCCUUUCUUCCAAAGCGCAAAAAAAAAUUCAGCUGACAAAGAGAAGCUGUUCGAACUUUGGAGUAUAUUCAAUGUUCCUGUAAGGACAACUUGGGUGCUCAAUUCCUUUUUUUUCAACUUCAGCUUUUGGCCAUCGGCUCUUUGCACUGCAAAGUUGGGAAUCUCACCUUCAGUAAAAUCGAAAAAUGUCUUGGAUUUUGCGUGGUCCUCUUUCAAGGGUAUGUCCCACUUUCCCAAAUGUUCAAAAGACCUCAAAAAUAUCGCGAUCGGUUAGAAAUAAUGGCAGUUGUUCGAGAAAAAAAAGGAAGAUUUUUUUUGGUCAACAUGCUCUGCAAUAUGCCUCAGUUUGAAAUUCAUCGAAAUUUCGGAUGAUUUUGAAUUGUGACAAUUCGAGAUGACAGGGAAAAUGAAAUCUGCAGAGGGUACAAAAAUAGGACGCAGUUCGCCUGUCAGCAGAGCUCCUACAAGCACAGGGCGAAGUCUCACAUGUGCUCGCCGCUUCGCCAAAAUCCCUACGUCAUCAAGUACGCACGCGAUAACGCUUCGUCGUGAGUUGAGUCCGAUUUCGCGCCAGGAGACUUUGUCGCAGACCCAACAGCUACGAAAUCUAUUUCAAGUACUGCUGCAACACGUCGCUUUGCAACGAAGCAAUUUCCUACGAUCCUUUCAGUUUUUCGGAACUCAACAAGAAAGUCCAACUGAAGGUAUUUUGAUAUUCUUCGGGGGGUUUUUCCCCUUUUCUGCUCUUUUUCUUACAUCACGAGAUAAAAAGACAUUUCUAUAAGUGCAUAAAUUUUUAUUUUAUUACCCAACAUCAUUUGUAAUCUACCGUAAUACGAGCGGCCGCCUUGAACAGACGUAGAUGGAAAAAAUACCUUUGAAACAAGUUUUUUUUUUGAUUUAAUUUUCAAUAAGAGUUCAGUUUACAAGUUACAAGCUUAUUAAGUCUCAAGAGAAGAUUCUCCGUUGAAUCAUGGAAUAAAUGAACAGUUGAUCGUCGGUUCGCGGAAUCGCGUUGACCAAGAUUGGCUCGUAGAUCAUCUUGUCCUUUUUCUCGUUCGGGGCUGGCGGGCGUCGGAUCAAAUCUCAGACGAGAGCGGAAAUGAAGACCGACCACUCGGGAUGUAGAAAUGAGAUAAAUACGAUUAUUAUUCAUUUUAGUUUCGAAAAAAAGAAUUUUUUUGGGCAAUUGGGCAAAAAUACAAAAAAAUUAGAGGAGAAUAUUUCCUUUGCAGUAAAUCAAAAAAAUGUAUUAAAAAAAUUUGGCGAUUACAACUAAAUCUAAGGUGGAUGAGAUUAAUAAAAAAAAUUUAACAAGACGAAGGUAACAAAAAAGUAGAAAUAAAACGAAAUAGAAUAAUAAUCAAUUAACUAUCAUUUUUUAAGAUGAGGAGGUUGUUUUUCAAAUGUUUUUAUUAAAUCCCCAGGAGACUCGUGAUGUGGUGCAAAUAGACGAGUUCCUGAUCUACGUGAUCAUUCUACUCACAACCAUCGCUUGCAUUUGGCCUUUUUGGUAGGAGCUGAGUCCGUCUCUGGAUAUUCGGAAUCCCUCUAGGUACCACUUCUAUUGGAAGGCGAGGGAGAUCGCUGGCGCCAUCGACAACAUGCACCAGCCGAUCGAAGAGGCGUUGGAGGUCCUGCAAGAGAGGCCGGACGUCGAGGCUCUGGCCGUGACCGACGGACGAGUCAGCGGUCAGCUCUCCUUCCUCAACAUCUGUCGAACCUUCGCCUUCAUGGAGAUGUCAGCAGGAAUAUGAACAUAAGCAUUUUUCAUUUCGGUAGAUCCAUAAACACCCGGAAACGAAAUUCAGAACCCCGCCUCCUGUACUCAAUGCAGAUGCACAUCUUGAGCGGUUCAAGUUUCACGAGGUUGACCUGGAGGCUGUUGGCCUAGCUCACAGCUGCUUCCGAGUACAGAUCCUCUCUCUCUCUAAACAUGAGCUUCUUCUUUCAGAGUAGCCGAGAGUUCUUGAUACAACACGACACUAUGAUACAAGCUUUAAUCGAGCAUGGUCCUUAUGAAUACCCAUGGAAACCAGCUGGACUCGUGGAGACUUUUGAUCAAGCCAAGGUUUUUGACAGAAGUCGUGCGCACUUGCUAUGUUCGAGUUUUCUUAAUAGUACAUCUGAAAUUAUUGAAAUAAGAACUCGGGGGCUAGAGAAUCGUGACACACUCGUAUAGACUUCUUGGAGGGAAAUAGAAGCACAGAGUAAAAUGAGACUUCAGUCAUGUUUCGAAGCGGACAGUAUGUUGCUGCACAUUCCGCUGCCCGUGGUUGUAAUAGGCGACAUCCAAGGGCAAUACGCAGACCUCCACCGUUGGAUGCAGGUUAUCGGCAAUCCCAGAGGCCACAAGCUUCUCUUUCUCGGAGGCGUCGUCGAUCCACUACUGUCCUCCUCGCUUGAAUGCCUCGCCUUUGUCGCCGCUCUCAAGGCUCUAUCCCGGUUAGAAUCCAGAAGAAAUGUUAGUUCUGCAGACUGCCUUCCCCAACGACGUCUUCAUGUUGCGCGGCAUCGGAGAGACGCUUCUCGACUUGCCGCAUCGUUUCGGAGGAGCCAGCGACAAGACUGUUCUCUCGUUGGUUCCCACCACUUCGUUCACAUCUUCAAAUAUUAACUUUUAGAGCCGCGAGGCGGAUGUGUGCCGUUUUGCCUCUGGCGGCACGUCUAGGCUCUGAAAUACUCGCUGUUCACAGUGGAAUCUGCCAUGACGUGAGUUUGAACAGGCUAACCAAAGAGCUUUCCGGAGCUGAUGAAACAGUUUUCAAGAAAAGAAAUUUCAAAACAAAACUUCAUCUCAUGCAGAUGACAAACCUCGCGUGUCUUCAAACGAUUAAGCGACCUUUGCACUACGAAAAUAUGGAUAACCGCGCUAAACAAAUCAUUUUUGGUCAACCAACCGGCACUAUCAAAAUGUACCGCUACGACGCACGUUUGCCUUUUUUCGAAUUUCUGAAUUGAUUUUUUUUUUCAUUUUAGGCAAAGGAAAGUAUCACUUCGGCCUGAAUGCCGUUCAGCGCAUCUGCAAAGAAACUGGGGUAUUUCCAAAGAUUUUUGUGUUUUUUUUUUUUGCAAUUGGCAAGAGCAGGUGCGACUGAUAAUCCGCUCUCGGAACGUCCUCUCUAAUGGAACUCUUUUCAUCUCAGGCCAGAAAAUGCUGAGCAUUUGGAGCGCGCCUGUUGAAAAAGUUGAAAAGAUAUAUCAACCAAAAGAUUUUAAGUAGCUUAUGUUUUCCAGGGAUCUAUAGUGUUCAUCGACGCCUCGCUCAAUGUCGUCCUGUUCACGAUGAACCGUCAGAAUGAAGCAGAAAUAGUUAUCAAGAGGAGAAAUAGUUCCGCCCUUAUGAUCAACUUUUCAGGUUCCAGGAGUCGCGGAGAAAAAUUCAGACAACCUGAACAAACUAAACGACCCAGCUCUUGAUUCUUUUUGA